UCCACCGCUACAAAAGGGCAUUCUGUGAGUCAGGCAGCUCCCCUCAAGGCUUGCUCCUCCCCUGCCCUGCUCCUGUUUCCAAUGCGGUGCUGCACGUACAGCCCGUGCACACCGUGUCUUGGGACUGCCUAGUCAGCCGCAUGGCUUCCCUGUGCUCCAGCCCCGGGCUCCCUCUGUUGAUUUCAGCCCCUACUGUGCAGCUGCUGCUUUUCCUGCUGCUCUUGGCGCCUUCCCAUCCUCAGAGCCUGACCUGGAUGCAGGGGGAUCCCUCCGUGGAAGGAGACUCAUCUGGAGAAAAUGACCCUCUGCGUGAGGAGGAGCUUCCCAGUGAAGAGGAUCCACCUGACAUUCAUCCUAAGCCAAGAGAGGAGGAGGACUCCCUGAGGUCAGAAGAUCUAUCCACUGUCAAGUCUCCGGAGGACACUCAAGGACACCAGAGUAGUGGCCACAAGGACAAAAAAGGGGAUGGUCACGAUCAUUGGCGCUACGGAGGCAGCCCGUCCUGGCCCCAGGUGUCCCCUGCCUGCGCCGGCCGCUUCCAGUCCCCCGUAGACAUUCGCCCCGAGCUCACCGCCUUCCGCCAGGCCCUGGGGCCGGUCCAGCUCCUGGGCUUUGAACUUCAGCCUCGCCCGGAGCUGCGCCUGCGCAAUAAUGGUCACACUGUGCAGCUGAGUCUGCCACCCGGGCUAGAGAUGGCUCUGGGUCCCGGCCGGGAGUACCGAGCUCAGCAGUUGCAUCUGCACUGGGGCACUUCGGAUCGCCCGGGCUCAGAGCACACUGUUGACGGCCACCGUUUUCCAGCGGAGAUCCACGUGGUUCACCUCAACACAGCGUUCUCCAAAGUUGAGGCAGCCUUGGGACGCCCAGGAGGCCUUGCUGUGUUGGCUGCCUUUCUGCAGGAGGGCCCAGAAGAAAACAGUGCUUAUGAGCAGUUGCUGUCACGGCUGGACGAGAUCACAGAGGAAGGCUCAGAGACUUGGAUCCCAGGACUGGAUGUAUCUGCCCUACUGCCCUCUGAUCUCAGCCGCUACUUUCAAUAUGAGGGAUCCCUGACCACCCCCCCAUGUACACAGGGGGUCAUCUGGACUGUGUUCAACCAGACAGUGAAGUUAAGUGCUAGGCAGAUCCACACCCUCUCUAGCUCCCUGUGGGGCCCUGGCGAUUCCCGGCUGCAGUUGAAUUUCCGAGCCACACAGCCUCUGAACGGAAGAAUGAUUGAAGCCUCCUUCCCUGCUGAAGUGCCCAGCAGCCCUGAGCCAGUCCACAUGAGCUCCUGCUUAGCCACUGGGGACAUCUUGGCCCUAGUUUUUGGCCUUCUCUUUGCUGCCACCAGCGUUGCCUUCCUGGUGCAGAUGCGGCAGCAGCACAGAAGUGCGACCCAAAAAGGUGUUAGCUACAGCCCAGCAGAGAUGGCGGAGACUGGAGCCUAGAGACUCAGAACUCGCAUGUGCAGAGAAACCACCCAGUGGAAUCUGAGGGACACACAAUCACACAGUUCCUUUUAAACCUUCAGUUUUUCCAUCAUUUUUGUUCUUUUAAACCACUCCAAUAGGACCUUGUAUUGCAAAAGCAAGUUUCAACUGAACUCCCAGAUUUUCUUUUUUUUUGGUCUUUUUGCUUUUUAUCGGUACUGGGGAUCGAACUCACGGCUGCCUCUUGCAAGGCAGGUGCUUAUGCCGCUGAGGUAAAUCCCCAGCCCCCAGAUUUUUUUUUUUAAACAUUCUAAACAAGGUGUGGUGGUGUGUGCCAGUAACCCCAGCACCCUCAGGCUGAGCGAGGCAAGAGGAUCGAAAGUUUGAGCCUUGCCCAGGCAAUUUAGAAAGAACCUAUCUUGAAUUUUGUUUUUUAAAGUAUUUUUAGACCCGGAGAUUUAGCUCAGCUGCACAGCACUUGCCCCGCAAAUGUGAGGCUGAGUUUGAUAUCCAGUACAAAAAAAAUUUUUUUUUAAUUUUAAAGAAUUAGGAGAUUGCUCAGUGCAAAGGCCAUGGGUUUAAUCUCCAGUGCCUAAAUAAAUAAUUCUAGUAAAAUAUGUGUAAGUCACCUUUGUUUCUCAAAUCAGGACUGGUUACAUUUUAACUGGAACUCUAAUAUCCCUUUUGCAACUGUAACAAGUCACUGCUCAGUAGUAAUGCAAAUACACCCGCAGUGCUGGUUGAGCUGAAGGGCUGUCAGUGGGCUGGUCAGGACUCUCGAGGCAGAGCACUUCCUUGCCUUUUUCAGAUCUCAGAAGCUACCUGCACCCCUGGAGGUCCCUUUCUCACCACUGCAGUCUUGCCUCCGUUUACCCCUCUCACCUUUGACCUUCCGGCCUCCUACUUGUAAGGACCCUUGGGACUACAUGGGCCUGCCAGCAGCCUAGGAUAAUCUCCCCACCUCAGGUCCUUUGCAGUCAGAGACAAACAGGAUUAGAAUGUGGACAUUUACAGAGGACAGGUAUUAUUCUGCUCACCACAGCUUUCCAGGAGGCGGCGGUGUGGCAGGUACUGUUACAGUGACUGUGUAUGUGGUGUGGUGUUGGGAAGGCUACAGAUGCUAGAUUUAAAAUCACACUGAGGCUCUGACCCUGUUAGAGGGAAAUCUGUCUCUGCCUGCACUUUUGCCUUUAGCAUGUAAUGCUGGGCCCCUCUGCCUGCUGAAUAGGGCAGUGCUGCAGAUGGCAGCUCCGCUGCCUUGCAGACUAAAAGCCAGAACAUUCCCCAGCCCAUUCAAGCUUCUCUGCUUCACGUUGCCUCUUCAAACUCACCAUCACUAAGCCUGGUGGGGUUCACUGAGAGUCCCAUCUCAGAAGGGGUCCUUCCAAUUCCACUGGCAACCAAAGAAAGGCUUAAAGGGCCCCCGGAUGUAACAUCAGCUUUAUUGUGUUGGGGCAGCAACUAUACCCCGGCUGGGGGCAGUCAGGCAGCCCUCACAGGUUGUUGAGCUCCAGCAGAGUCUGGUCCAGGGUCUGGUGAAUCUCCACAUUCUCCUCCUUGGCACUGGCCAAGGUCUCUGUGAGGGAAGCAGCAGGUGAGGCGGGGAGGGGACACAGGAAAAAGCAGCAAGGGAGGGGCACGGGAACGAGGGACUCAGGGAAGACACAAGAAGGCAUGGACAGGGGACAGCAACAUGGAAACAGCAUGGGCCAGGAGGGACACAGG